AUCAUUUUAUCAGCAGCUGCCAACAUGAGCAGGUCUGCAAAGAAAAAAGGAGAGCCUCCUGAACCCAGCAGUGUGUCUGUGAGGAGCRAUCAUUCUGCAGACUUUCCUAUGAACUUUAAAGGCAAACUGGACAUUUUCGAAAGAAGGAAGCAACUUGAGAGGAGACACACAUCAGAUUCCAUCUCAGUUUCCAUGAAAAGUGACCGACCUGUCAGCCGUCCUUUAAACUUUAAAACAGCCGACUCAUCUGAUGAUGGGGGAAGACUUGGUGUUUUUUCCAAGAAUAUUCCAGAGAAACGCACAUCGGAUCCCAGCUCAGUUUCCCUGAAGAGUGACCAAUCUGCUGGCCAUCCUGCAAACUUCAAAGAUGGACAAGACACAUUUAAAACAAGUCUCUUUCCUCAAUGUUGUUCCAGGAAUUUUCCAGAGAACGACUCAGUACUCGGCUCCAUUUCCAUGAAGAGUGAUAAAUCCAUGGAUUAUCCUGUCAACAUCAAAGAUGGAGUGGAUGAGCAGGGGACAGAAAUGCUCUGUGAUCAGACGGAAAACCAGAAUGCAUCAGAGCUGACCCUCAUCUUCAAGGAACUUGAGAACAAUAUUUGUGAAUUUGUGAAGAGUGAGCUGAAGAAGUUCCAGACAGUUCUGCACCCAGGUCCAACACMUUCACAGAGUGAAAAGGAUGAGGYUUUGCAAGGUGCAAAUGAAGAUCAGAAGAGGAGCAGCAAGGAAGCAUUUUUAAAUAUCACACUCUGCUUUCUGAAGAGCAUGAAGCAGGAGCAGCUGGCUAACUUAUUGCACAGCAAAAUGUUUGCACCACUUUGUAUAAAUAAGCUGAAAUCCUCCUUAAAGAAGAAGUUCCAGUGUGUGUUUGAGGGAAUCGCUAAAGCAGGAAGUCCAGCCAUCCUGAACCAGAUCUACACAGAGCUCUACAUCACAGAGGGAGGAACUGGAGAGGUCAAUGAUGAACAUGAGGUCAGACAGAUCGAAACAGCAUUAAGAAAACAACACAGACCAGAAACAACAAUCAGACAAGAGGACAUCUUUAAAGUCCCRUCUGAAAGAGAUCAACCAAUCAGAACAGUGAUGACAAAGGGAGUGGCUGGCAUUGGGAAAACAGUCUUAACACAGAAGUUCACUCUGGACUGGGCUCAAGGGAAAACCAACCAGAACAUCCACUUCAUAUUUCCAUUCACCUUCAGAGAGCUGAAUGUGCUGAAAAAGAAAAAGUUCAGCUUGGUGGGACUGAUUCAUCACUUCUUUACAGAAACCAAAGAGGCAGAAAUCUACAGAUUUGACAAGUUCCAGGUUCUGUUCAUCUUUGAUGGUCUGGAUGAGAGUCGACUUCCUCUGGACUUCAACAACAAGGAGAUCCUGACUGAUGUUACAGAGUCCAGCUCAGUGGAUGUUCUGYUGACAAACCUCAUCAGGGGGAAACUGCUUCCCUCUGCUCUCCUCUGGAUAACCACACGACCUGCAGCAGCCAAUCAGAUCCCUCCUCAGUGUGUUGGCAUGGUGACAGAAGUCAGAGGGUUCAAUGACCCACAGAAGGAGGAGUACUUUAAAAAGAAAUUCAAAGAUAAGAAAGAAGCUAAAAGGAUCAUCUCCCACAUUAAGACAUCACGAAGCCUCCACAUCAUGUGUCACAUCCCAGUCUUCUGCUGGAUCACUACUACAGUCCUAGAGGAUGUGAUGAAGACCAGAGAGGCAGGAGAGCUGCCCAGCACCCUGACUGAGAUGUAUAUCCACUUCCUGGUGGUUCAGACCAAAGUGAAGAAGGUCAAGUAUGGAGGAGCUGAAACAGAUCCACACUGGAGUCCAGAGAGCAGGAAGAUGAUUGAGUCUCUGGGAAAACUGGCUUUUGAUCAGCUCCAGAAAGGAAACUUGAUCUUCUAUGAAUCAGACCUGACAGAGUGUGGCAUCGAUAUCAGAGCAGCCUCAGUGUACUCAGGAGUGUUCACACAGAUCUUUAGAGAGGAUAGAGGGCUGUACCAGGACAAGGUGUUCUGCUUCAUCCAUCUGAGUGUUCAGGAGUUUCUGGCUGCUCUUCAUGUUCACCUAAAUGUCUCCAAGUCAGACGUUAACUUGUUAGAGGAACAAAAGAAAAUCUUGAAGGUUUCAGAAACAAGAAAAGGUAUUUCUCCAAUGGGAAGCUUCUAUCAGAAUGCAGUUGAUGAGGCCCUACAGAGCUCAACUGGACAUCUGGACUUGUUCCUUCGCUUCCUCUUAGGUCUGUCCCUGGGAACCAACCAGAGGUUACUAAAAGGCCUUCUGUCAUGGAUAGGAAGCAAUUCUCUGCCAAACCAGGAAACAGCUAAUUACAUCAAGAAAAAGAUUGAAAUGUAUCCAUCUCCAGAAAAGUGCAUAAAUCUCUUCCACUGUCUGAAUGAACUGAAAGAUCAUUCUCUGGUGGAGGAAAUCCAACACUACCUAAAAGCAGGAAAUCUCUCUCGACAAAAACUAACCCCUGGUCAGUGGUCAGCCCUUGUCUUCAUCUUGCUGUCAUCACAAAAAGAUCUGGAUAUGUUUGACCUGAAGAAAUAUUCUGCUUCAGAGAAGUCUCUGUUGAGGUUACUGCCAGUCCUCAAAACAGCCAAAGCAGCUCUGCUGGAUGGUUGUAAUCUCUCAGAGAAAAGUUGUGAAGUUCUGGCCUCAAUCCUCAGCUCCAAGUCAUCUUAUCUGAGAGAACUAGACCUUAGUAACAACGACCUGAAGGAUUCAGGAGUGAGGCAGCUGUGUGCUGGACUGCAGAGUCCACACUGUAAACUCGAAUUUCUAAGGCUGUCAGGCUGUCUGAUCACAGAGGAGGGUGUUGCUUCACUAGCCUCAGCACUCGCCUCCAACCCUUCUCAUCUGAAAGACCUGGACCUGACCUAUAAUCAUCCAGGUGAGACAGGAGUGAAGCUCCUUUCUGCUGGACUGGACAAUCCACACUGGAGACUGGAGACACUGAGAGUGGACUGUGGUGGAGAAUGGACACUGCAAGCAGGACUGAGAAAGUAUGCUCAUAAACUGACUCUAGACUCAAGAACAGCACACAGAAACCUCAAAUUAUCUGACAACAACAAAGAGGCCACAGUGAUGACAGAGAAACAACAGUGUACUGAGCAUCCAGAGAGGUUUGACCACUGGGUUCAGCUGCUCUGURCCGAUGCUCUGACUGGUCGCCAUUACUGGGAGGUUGAAUGGAAGGGGACAGUGAGCAUUGGAGUGACUUACCAAGGAAUCAACAGGAAAGGAGAAAGUUCCAGUUGUUUGCUUGGAGGGAAUGAUAAGUCCUGGAGUUUUUACUGCUCAGGGAAUACUUAUUUUAGGUUUCACAACAACAAAAGAAAAGAUGUCCCAACACCUUCCUGUGUCUCCAGGAGAGUUGGAGUCUAUCUGGAUCAUCCAUCUGGCACACUGUCCUUCUACGUAGUGUCCUCCAACAAGCUGAUCCACCUUCACACCUUCAACACCACGUUUACUGAAGCUCUUUAUCCUGCAUUUAGAGCUUUUCCUAAUUCUUCUAUUUCACUUUGUCAGCUAAUGGAUUAAAACUCUAACAUUUUUGGACUUUCAGAUGACUGCACCUUAUGUGUUAAGUGAAGACACUUUUCAUAACAUUUCAUAAUCAGCAUCUCGGUUGACUGUCUUUGUUUUACCUCAUUAAAAUCAAGAUGUAGAUGUUGUGAUUAAUGYAUGUUUACAUGACAUUUAUUAUGUUGACCUGCAAUCUGUCAUACAGUCAGAUCGAUACAGCAUUAAGGAAACAACACAAACCAGAAAUAACAAUCAGACAAGAAGACAUCUUUAGAGUCCCACCUGAAAGAGAUCAACCAAUCAGAAAAGUGAUGACAAAGGGAGUGGCUGGCAUUGGGAAAACAGUCUUAACACAGAAGUUCACUCUGGACUGGGCUGAAGRSAAAGYCMACCAGAACAUCCASUUCAUAUUUCCAUUCACCUUCAGAGAGCUGAAUGUGCUGAAAUAUUUGAUGGCUUGGAUGAGAGUCGACUUAAACA